GCCCGCGGGCCGGUAGAUGUGAACACCGACGAAGCCGGCCGCCUGAAAUUGGAUCUUGGGGCAUACACUGCGUCUAAUGCCAUGGGUCGCACAUGGAGAGACAUGACGGGUUUACGAGUGUCUCCGUGCCCGUGUGUGUCGUCGGGCAUGUGCGCGUGGUGUGCAGGUUGCGUGAUGGAGGGGACCUUCUCGACACCACGCAUCUUCGAGUCGAUCUUCUCGAGACCACGGGCCAUGAGUGCCGAGACGCACAUUCGCUUAGCAGAACCUUUUCGUCCUUGUGCGAAAUCCGUACGGCAUUUCAACGUUGUGACAACGAUCCACGGAGCGACCACAGAGGACUUCGACGAGGACCCAUGGAUGACCGUCGUCCCGUGCAUGGACGCGCAUCUUGACGACUGGGGCGAGGGCAAUUGGGACAAUAUGGAGACUCGCUGCCCUUGGGUAAGCCAAUACAAGUUCGCAAAUAUGUUGGAGUUCGGGGACCUCAUCCCACUGCCUGACGCCGUCCUCGGACAUAAGCAGUCGUUGACGGUUUUACAUGAAAAAUGUGUACGGUUCGAAGGGGAACGUCAUCGCCGGUGCCAAGGGGGAGUUCUCGACAUGUGUCUGUUCGAGGGGUUCGGAGCGGGUACUGCGAACACCCCAUUCUACAACGACCUCCGGCCGCAGGGCGGGUUUGUUUUGGGUCGAGAGUUCUUCGACCUGUUGGAGUACAAGGGCAUCGCCCUCGACGUCCCUUGCGAAGUCGGUCCCAACCUCGAACUGUCAAUGCCUUUGCAGCCGUGUGGCGGUUGUGAGUCGAGCGGGGCAGCGGGGGAGGGGGGGGAUCUGGGUUCCGGGGAGGCUACACAUAUGCAGCGGGAGGAUGCCAGAGGUCAGUUUGACGACAACGAAGAUGAGGCGACACCAUGUCCGCCGUUUUCGCCGUCGAGGGAAAGAGACAGAUUGCUGAGCCACGAUGGGGCGAAGUGGACCGUCAAAAAGAAGAAGGUCAAAAACGUGAAGCCUGGGGUCGCCUACAUCCACAACGACAAAUUGGGCAGAACGAAGGUGGUGCACAACGUCCCCGUGGACCCGCCGAAUAAAAAGGGCAAAAAGGAGAAAGAGGAGUGCGAUUGGUUCGUGCAAGUGCCAGACCCGGACGCGCAUUGUUGGAAAGCAAUGGAAUCACUCACGGACAAUGAGAAGUGUCGCGUUUUGAAAAAGGUGCUUGCUUGCGAGGUCGUUUGGGUCCAGGCCGGCUCCCCGUCGUUGGCGAAGUUGGGAAAGCUCAGCGUGCAGGACAUGGUUCAGCUGGUGAAGUGCGACCGCGUGCUGGUCCGGUUGUGGAAUUACUACCAAUUCAAGCACGAGAAGAGGCCGGACGCAGACUGGAUCCAAAGGUACCCUUUCCUGAAAUUGAGGUCUGCCAUGUUCAAGAAGUUUGAAGGUCAGGGAUUGGAUGUCGAGUUGUGGGAUAACAGCAGGAAACACGUUUCCGACUCGGCGUUGUUCAAGGACUGCCUGCCGUACAUGGGUUGCGACCAGGACAACUCGAUUGAGGUGACGGAGAAGUUGGCGGGCCACAAGAAGUUGUCCGUCGACUGGAGAAACAAGGUUCUCUUCGUGUUGAAUGGAAGCAGACUGAAGAGCCGGGAAGUCGCACUUGCCGAAGGCGUCGUUCACAUUAAAUGGAAAGACACGGGGGACGUGACAUCCAUCGCGCCGUUCGCCAACGACCCUUUAGAGGUGGACAUCAGGGGCGGAGAGCUGAAGAAGGCAGUGGCUGCCACAAAGAGCCACACGUUCGUCCUCGAUCUGUGCGAGCCGUCGUUGUACUUCGUGGAGUCCGAGGAGCAGUUGAAGUUAGCCAGUUACGCUUCCCUGAUCUCCACUGACGACGAGGAAGCCAUAGGUGUGGAGUUUGUCGCCAACGCGAAGGAGGAGGAGAGCGACACGGAGAGCAUUGACCUGCAGUACGACCCACCUCCGGCGGACCACGGCCGAGGGUCCUCGUCGGCCGGUCCAUCACCAAGCGCUGCAGCCCUCGUGUCACCAUUGGCCAAACCUGCGCCGGGCACCACGCCGAUGAAGUUGCUGGAGAGACUUAGAGCUCUGGCCGCCGCCCCGCCCGCUUUGCGUCCCGGGUCCAUUGUCCCGCCCGAUCAUCCGUCCUGGAAGGAUGACAAUAUCCACUUCCUGCUUGAACCGCAACCGAUACGAAAUGGCGAGUGGGUCAUGGCCGUGGCAAUCCCGGGCGCGGGAUGGGUGUCAUUCCCACGCGAUUCGAAGUUCAACUUCCUGCACCUCGCGAGGAUUUCGGUCCUCCAGAAAGUGAAGGUCGAAAAUGACACUUUAGCACCCGGCGACCUCUCCGUCAUUUCCACUGUCGGUCGACUGUUUGACGAGCUUCAGGACAAGUGCUGGUUGGAAUUGACGAAGGACUACUACGAGCUCGACACGAGUCCGUCGAAGGGCGUGCUGGACUGGAAAGUGCCCCCUCCCAGCGGGCCGGACGGUGGUUCCGGGGGGGGGUCACCUGGAAGCGGAGGGGACGGGGGUGGCGACGCAGGGGGUGGCAAAGGAAUCCCGCCUAUGGGGGAGAGAGGGUCUCACGGCCGCAACACGACACCGGGAGGCAGCGCCGGGGUGGAGGGUUUCGCCGUCGACCGGACUCCGUCGACAGGCACCCGGCCCGAGCACACGACACACUCCGCCGACCCCCAGACUUCGUCCGUGGGCUCAGCGAGGGACACGUUGGCAGCCUUGGUUGCUCUGGGCAGUCGCUCGGCCGGAAAGCGAAGCUGCUCGGGGUCGGGGGAUCCAAGCACGGAUCGAGAAAUUCGCAGCAUUGUGGCGCGGGACGGAGACGUCGGAACGGUGUCGCCUGAGCGGGAGCGACAGCCGCAAGGAUUGCAGCGGGAGGCUGCAAGUGCAGGGUCCGGCGACACUGAGACCACGAAGUGCGCCGAGAUCCGAACUUCUUCGGGCGGGGUUUGUCGGCCAGGGAUUGUUGUGCCGUUGAGAGGGGCAGCGUGCACGGGGACGGAAGGGCGGUCCUCGCGAUUCGGUACGGAUACCGCGGAAGGGGACGAGUUUCGUGGGAGGGAAGUAGGGGAGGAAAUGGAGAAACAGAAGGGAGCGCAAGAAGGGGAGGAAGAAGGGGAAGAAGAGGUGGAAGGGGAGGAAGCGGGAGAAACGGAGCUAAUUGAUUUGUUUGAAGGAAGGGAGGGUGCCGGGUCUGGAGAAGACGAAGUGGAACGCAGUGAGGACGAUGCUGGAUCUGGAGAGUCGUCUGACGAGUUCGGACAACUGUACGGAGAGCAUCACGAGGAUGAUGUCGACGACGAUGCCACGGCAAUAGAGAUGGAGACACAAGUGGUCAGCAGCCUUUCCGCAGAGCCUGAAGAUUAUGUGGUCCGGCCACUGACAUCUGCUGUCGACUUGCAGCACCGGUUCGACGAGGCUUCUGUCGCUAUCAGCCCGUCUGAAAAAAGUCGACGUAUAAGCAUCGACGAAGUUAUCGACGGUAUCCUCGGCGACCACAACGUGUCUACCCGUCCGUCCGCAACUGCCAACGUCGCAUCUUCUAUGGCAGCUGCCCUCGCUUCGUCGCCGCCGAAGUCUCUGGUGCUGCAGGCCACCCUUGCCACCGAAGGGGAAGGCGAGUGCGGUGGAGGACAGCAUGUGACGUCCCCAAAAAAAUCGAGGUUCGGCGGUCAGGCUCUCGACGUGCUCGCUUUGCUUGCGCCAAAUUCACCAUCGAAGGAGCGGAUAGAGAAAUAGACUGGUAAGCCGUGAAGAACGCCUGCACAUCCGGAUGUCGCCGGAUUACAGUCCGCGCUAUACACACGACGACU